AUGACGAAGACGCCGGUAACAGAUCAUGUCCUUGCGUCCUUAAAAUCAUACCGUUACUAUUCCAUUCCCUCGGACUUCAGGCGCAGGCGCUAUCCAUCAUCAACUAGGGACGACACACUCGAUUUCAUCAUUGGGGACUUUUGCGAGUUGAAGGAACAAGCACAGGCACAGGCACAGGCACAAGCACAAGCACAUAUAUCCAUGGACAUUGCGCACGAGACAUCACCCGCUCCCGCUGACCCUAAGAAGGUCUUUGGGAACCCUCAGCGCCAUUGGACCAUUGCCAAUGAUGUAGACAAUACAGCCAAUGUGUCCAAGGGCACUCGACGGUCGUCGACGGAAUCCACUAGCGACAUACUCAGACCGCAAACCAGCGGGGGUUCGGAGGAUAAGGCACAUGCCAACGGGAUAUCGAAGCUCUUCCCCAAAGGACGGCGAUGGAGGAAGAAGUCAGACAAUGAGUUGUCAUCGCAACUCAGUGCAGCCACAGACUCGCGAAGGGGUAGUGGUGUCGCUUCUCAGGACGGGAAUUCAGGAUCGGGUGCGUCGGGGACGUCUCUCAACGGCAGUCGGAGUCCACCGGAGAAUGAACAGACAGGCAAUCUCUUGACGGAUGACUCUGAGCCUGAUGGGACUCCCUCCAUCUCCGUUCAAGAUUCUCACUCCGGAUUCUACACAUCUUCCUCUCCGCUCAUCACGACUACUGCUGCAGAUGACAACGAUGACUCCAAGGCAGACAAUGCAGAUACUGCUUCGUCAGGCAGUGCGCCCGCUGUUCCCGCCUCCGACUCAAAUCAGGACCUACCAUUGAGGUCUUUCACGACAAACGAUUCGACUCUUGAGAUCCCAGGAGACGGCAGUUCGAAGAAGAGGAAUGUUUCCCCGGGAAGAAGGCUGAAGGAUGCUUUCAAUCCUUCCCAGGAGAAGAAAUCUCCAAGCGUCAGCCCGGACCGGACAUCAGGAAAAUCAUCUGGCGGUAAAAGUGGGCGGAAUAUUUUCAGUCGCAGCAGGACUAAUAGUCUCUCGGCCAAACGAGCGGCGAAGGCUGUCACUGAAAGUCCACCACCACCUGUUCCGAAACCCAUCCCUACCGAUGAGGUCGAGGACAGUUACAAAAAUGGAACGUCGCCUGAGCGCGGUCCGAAGACCCCCCCGGAAAGUAGUAUUCCUGCACCUCAAACGACAGUCACUCCUCCCACUCCCACAGAUCUGCGACCUCUGAAAGUGACGACGGCGGAUCUUACAACUUCCCCUGAGUCCGUCAAGGGACUGAACAACUUGCCGCCAGGGACUGUAGUUAGCCCGUCCGGAAACAUGAUAUCUCACAGACGCGUGCGGUCAGCCUCUUCAGUUCAUCAACCGAGUAAACUAUCGAACUCGAUAAGCGCCUCUCUGAGCCCAACAUUCGAAGAAUCAAAAACUGCCGGUUCCCGAACUCCAUCGGCUAAUCAACAAGGUGGUUUUUUCUCCUCAGUAUUUUCUGUCGCUCAAAAUGCAGCGUCUACGAUAAGCAAUACCCUAAAUACACAAACGAGGGCUCGCAGUUCGACACAGCCUACGUCUCCAGAUAAUGAGAACCCAUCCGCUGGCGAGAUUUCUGGAAUUUCCUCCCAAGCAACGAAUGAACGAGAGGAGGAGAAAAGACAGAUGGCUGUCGAUACCCUUGGGAAUGGUGACCUGAACAUCAGUCAGUUCGACAUUGAAGCCACCAGCGGGGGUGUGGUCACAACGAAGGAUGGCGUUGUCAUAACCAAACCGGAUACAGCUGCUGACUAUCGUAAAAGUACGGCAUCGCAGCGAGACGAAGUGGCAUCAAGGCUGGAGGACAUGCGGGCUGCACGGGCUAUCUCCAUGGCGUAUGGGAAGCCGUCCGAGGGCUCAACAACCCCGCCUGUCGCUGCAGGAGAUGGACUGGAAGUUCGCCCCAGUGCUUCAAUAAUCGGACAGGGCUCUGGCGAACAGACAACCCCCACCGGCAGUGUCGUCGAUGGGGAGCCCGGUAAUAGUGUCAAAAGAAGUGGGAGUGUCCGCAGUCGCCUUGCACAGCGUCGACACAGAGGCUCCUCUGGGGCGACAAUAUCAACCAUCGGUGCGGUGGGUGCCAGCGCUCUUGCUCUGGGGAUACCAGGAGCGAACUCGAGUGCACCUCGUCUCACGGGCUUUGCCGUUGCUAGCAAGAAGCGAAAUCGAGACUUCCAUCAAACCUUCCGGAGUGUCCCUGAGGAUGACUAUCUCAUCGAGGAUUACAGUUGUGCGCUUCAGCGGGAUAUCAUCCUUGCAGGCCGCAUCUACAUCUCCGAAGGCCAUAUCUGCUUCUCCAGCAAUAUUCUUGGCUGGGUGACCACGCUUGUAAUCAGCUUUGACGAAGUAGUGGCGAUCGAGAAGGAAAACACUGCUAUGGUGUUUCCCAAUGCAAUCGCAAUCCAGACGCUUCAUGCUAGACACAUCUUCCGAAGUCUACUUAGCCGAGAGACAACUUAUGAUGUGAUGGUGAAUAUUUGGAAGAUCAAUCACCCUGCAUUGAAGAGCUCCAUCAACGGGACUCGGAUCACGCAAGGAACUGGUGACAAGACCGAGAAAGCAGACGAGAGCGAGGCAGAAAGUGACUUAUCGGAUGAGGAAGAAAUCUACGACGAAGACGAGGAUGGUGAUGGCAUGGAGAGUUUCGUCGAAGCAGGAGAGGGGAGUGUUGCUGCGAGUGAGCAUGAAGAACCUGCAAAGCCCCUCAGCCGCAAGGCAUCUGGGAUCCAGCAGAGCAGCAAUGGGGCGACACCGUCCCCUGGGAUCAAUUUCACUAGUGAUACCAAAGGUGGUGGGAAAGCUCCCGCAGCCGGGGAAUCUGGCGCGGACUUCCCAGGACCUGCCACUCAUGCGCCUACUGAGUUCACCGAUCCCUCCGGACGAUAUGAGAGACUUAUUAAAGAUGAGGUCAUCCCUGCACCUCUUGGCAAGGUGUAUACACUAGUCUUUGGUCCCGCGUCUGGCGCAUUCAUGAACAAGUUCCUCCUCGAGGAUCAAAAAGCUACUGAAUUACAAUUCGAAGAUGAUAAGAAGGGCCUGUCAAACGAUACCAAAAGCCGACAGUACUCUUAUAUUAAGCCUCUCAACGGAUCGAUUGGACCCAAACAGACAAAGUGUAUCAGCACCGAGACAUUGGAUUAUCUUGAUCUGGAAAAGGCAGUACUUGUGACUUUAGCAACGCAGACGCCCGAUGUCCCUAGCGGAAACGUGUUUUGUGUCAAAACGAAAUACUUGUUCACCUGGGCGCCUGGGAACCAGACACGGUUCUUGAUGACGUGCACGAUUGAGUGGUCAGGAAAGAGUUGGCUCAAAGGCCCCAUCGAAAAGGGCGCAACUGACGGUCAAAUUGCCUUCGGGAACGAUCUCAUCAGGGUCCUCAAGGCAUCUGUCGUACCUCAGGGACGUGCAAAUGGUGUAGCCAAGAGCGGUAGCAAGGCAGGCAAAGGCCGACGCAGGAAAGGAGAUACUUCUACUUCUGAGGCCGCGACUGCAGCUGCUGUAAGCGCAGCGCUCGAGGCUAAGCAACGCGAAGCAGAGACUUGGGGCAUUUUUGAACCUCUUCGUGGGCCGUUGGGUCCUAUUCUGAGUCCCUUCAAAGUGCUAUGGAAUUCCAAUGUCGCCCUUGGCAUCAUCGGCAUUCUCCUGUUUAUCGUCUUUGUCAGAGGUCCUGCAAGAGCCCCCACGUUGGUCCCAGGAGUGGCAUAUCCAGGUUUGACCGUACCGCAACGUCUCGCUGCCUACGAAGAAAUGUGGGUGAGGGAGGAAAGCGAACUGUGGAAUUGGCUGGAAGAAAGAGUGGGAUUAGACGGACUCAGUUUUCCUGUUGUCGACACACGUUCCGGGUCCCAGGCACGCCAGGGGGAGCAGCGUAAACGGCUAAAGGGCGCCAAUGACCUGAAGACGCGCAUUAACGAGGAGAAGAUGUCCCAACGCGAAAUGGAUGAUGCGAUCCGCGUGACGCGCGAGAGACUUAACAUCCUUGAGGAAGUUGUGAAGAAGCGGAAAACGCAGAAGCAAAAGGAUGAGGAAAUCCAUACCGAGCUUUAAAGUAGACUCUUGAGGCAAGCCUCAGGGUUCUCUGGCUAUUAUCAUCUUUGUUGAUACGUCGCAAAGUAUAUUUGUCGUUCCUUACUCGUGUUCUUGUUUUUGCUUUUUCAUUUGUUAUCAAUAGCGGAGGGAAGCUAGCAAUCCGCCUUGGUUGCUAGCUAUACAUCUGGCGUACAUUCUGUUCCCUUGUCUUUUUAAGCAUCUAUUUGCGCUGUUUUUCUUUUUCCUUUUUGUCCCUUCGUUUUCGAGUCCUGGCUGGUACGGACCGGAUCCAGGCAUCAAUGCUUUCGUCCCGUUCUGCGCAAAAAGUUCGGUGAACGCGGAUGCUACUGGCCUUUUUUUUGUUCUUUGUUUCCUUGCUAUUUCAGUCUUGACACCAGUUC